AUGGGAUCUGCCUCCUCCACUUACCGGCCCAAAUGUAUUUAUUUGGACAUUGAUGGAAGAAUUCAAAAGGUGAUCUUCAGUAAAUACUGCAAUUCCAAAGAUAUUAUGGACCUUUUCUGCAUUGCAACAGGCUUACCGAGGAACACGACCAUCUCCCUUUUGACAGCAGACAACUGCAUGGUGUCCAUUGACCCCACCAUGCCUGCAAACACAGAGAGGUCUCCAUACAAAGUGAUACCAGUUGUGACUGAGCAGCUCUCAGACAAAGAAGAAUUGUUCCAGAAUUUACUGGGACAGAUUGCUGAGCAGUUCUCGAGGGUUUUUAAAAUCAACGAGCUAAAAACGGAAGUAGCUAAUCACUUGGCAAUGCUGGAGAAAAAGGUUGAAUUGGAAGGCCUGAAAGUGGUGGAGAUUGAGAAAUGCAAGCGCGACAUUAAAAAGAUGAGGGAGGAAAUGGCAGCAAGGAACAGCAGGACUAACUGUCCCUGCAAGUACAGCUUUUUGGAUGAAAACAAGAGGCCAGCUCCCCGGCGGGAUGUACCAUCCUACCCCAAGUACAUGCUGUCCCAGGAGACCAUCGAGGCUCUGCGGAAACCAACCUUCGACGUCUGGCUGUGGGAGCCCAACGAGAUGCUGAGCUGUUUGGAGCACAUGUACCACGACCUUGGGCUGGUAAAAGACUUCAACAUCAAUCCUAUCACGUUGAAGAGGUGGUUGCUGUGUAUUCACGACAAUUACAGAAACAACCCCUUCCACAAUUUCCGGCACUGUUUCUGCGUGACCCAGAUGAUGUACAGCAUGAUCUCGCUCUGCAGCCUCCAGGAGAAAUUUUCCCAAAUUGACAUUUUAAUUCUCAUGACGGCAGCAGUGUGUCACGACUUGGACCAUCCAGGCUAUAACAAUACCUACCAGAUCAACGCGCGGACGGAGCUGGCCGUGCGCUACAACGACAUCUCCCCGCUGGAGAACCACCACUGCGCCGUGGCCUUCCAGAUCAUCUCCCAGCCAGAGUUCAACAUCUUCUCCAACGUGGACCAGGAGCAGUUCAAGCAGAUAAGACAGGGGAUAAUUACGUUAAUCCUGGCUACAGACAUGGCGAGACAUGCAGAAAUACUGGACUCUUUCAAGGAAAAAAUGGAAAACUUUGAUUACACAAAUGAAGAACACAUGACCUGUCUGAAGAUGGUACUGAUAAAAUGCUGUGACAUCUCCAACGAAGUCCGCCCUAUGGAAGUAGCAGAGCCCUGGGUAGAUUGCUUACUGGAGGAGUAUUUUAUGCAGAGUGACAGAGAAAAAUCCGAGGGGCUCCCGGUGGCGCCGUUCAUGGACCGCGACAAAGUGACCAAGCCCACGGCACAGAUUGGGUUCCUCAAGUUUGUCCUCAUCCCCAUGUUUGAAACAGUGACAAAGCUAUUCCCAGAAGUGGAGGAGGUGAUGCUCCAGCCUCUGUGGGAAUCCAGGGACCACUACGAGGGGUUAAAACAGAUAGAUGAUGCUAUGAAAGAGCUGCAGAAACAGAAAAGUGAAGGUUUGACGUCCAGCAGUACCGAAAAGUGA